AUGCCACAACAAACACAAACCCAAGUUGAGACUUCAACAUCCUCUUCUUCACUGUCUCAAACACAAACUGAACAACAAUCAGGACCAUCACCACCGCAAGAUCAACAAGUCCAAGGCGUGCUUCGUCUACGUCCCGAUUCUGCAACUGAUACUAAGAACAAGAACAAAUCUAAAAAGAAGAAACCCAAAGUUCGUUGGACAGAGGAUGUUGUAGAUAAUGAACACAUGAACAAGAAAAAAACAAAGAUUUGCUGCAUAUUCCAUCCGCAACGAUCGUUUGAUGACGAAAUGGCCGAACACAAUCAUGAACAUGACCAUGGACAUUGUGAUAGCAGCGACAGUGACUCAAGCUCUGACCUGAGCUCAGACGAGAGCGAAGAGGAAAAUGGCAAUAAGCUGCCGAGUAAUGGAAGAGGAAGUGACAAGGAUAAACUGUACAAGCCAAACUCAUAUGAGUACCAACCACAUUAUGAAAACAAAUCUCGAGUUCAACUGUGA